AAAACCCAUGAUCCGAUUUACCGUCAGACCCAAUCAAAACCGGUAAGCCCCAUUCUCGUGGGUCUAGGGUUCCAGUCACAGCCUCCACAGUUCUUUAGCACCACAACCUAUUUGGUUAUUCACGGCCUCCACGUUACAACCUGAUGCCACCAUCGAAGGCGCCGCAUGGUCAUCGAACCACUGCCAAAAGCAACCACCCUAGCACCGUCGAAAACCUCCCCGAAACCCAGCCACGUUGAAGUCCCGCAUACGGCAAGUCCACGCCCUCCCUCUUUUUCUGUUCUCCAAGGUUUGCAUCGCACGAAGUCAACAACCGCCUCCCUCUCCGUUGCUUCUCUGCUGCCUUCAUUGCAAUGCCCCAAGUUACCGUUGCAUUUCAAACAGCCCGUAUUUAUACACUGCAAAACAGAUUGUUGUCGUCUCUGGAUGCCACCCAUGUGAGACUCUGAAGACCAGGCAACCGACAGGACUAAUGACGGAAGGCACAAGCCGAGACACCGCUGCACCAGAGCACGCACGGUUGCCUAGUUGGCUAUGAACCACGCCGCCUCCCCUUGCAUUGCAACGCCACACUGUUUGUGCCACCCUAAGUCAGUGGUUGCACCAGCCCUCAACUUCACAAAGUGAGCCUUGGCCCAAUUACAUUAUGAUCAGAACUCCUAGCUCUGGUUGGAGUCAAAGGUGGGCUUUCCGACUCCAUCGGAGUCGAGCCCACCCCUACACAGACCCACUUUGAGCAAGAGUCCUAGCUUAGAUUCAGAUUCAAACCUCUUGAGUAGCUCAAGAGAUGGUGAAAAAGAACAGUUUUGCUAUAGGCAACCGGGGGUGGGGAACCCCUGGGGAAUCGGCUGACGUGGCACAUCAGCUGAGAUAUAUUAAAAAAAUGAAAAAGAAAUCCACUGAAACAUAAGAAAAAUGGAGGGAAAUCGGUUGAAACAGAGUGGUCGUUGUGUUUUUGAAAACGAAACCAGAUAGUGGCGUCUUCAUCUGAUCCCAACAUUCCAUCUGUGGUCGCCGUCGUGGUAGGACCAAACUGCUUGUUGCGGUCGCCAUCGUCAUAUAUUCCAGAUCUCCUCGGUUGCAUCCAGAGUUUUUCUUUGGAGCAACUCACUAGAAAGUCUUUUGAGGGUUAUGGUAAGUUGGCUUGUUUAAGUUUAAGCUUAGCUUUUGUCUUGUAGGUUUUAGUUUCGAGUAGUUGAUGUAAAAUGUUCGCUUCUGGGGUUCUUUGUUUUGUAGACUUUGAGAUUACAGUGUUGAAUUUCGGCACAGCCAAGGUUUUGGUUUGGGUUUGUCUCUCAGAACUGGCUUUUGUCUAAUUUAAGAGUUGGGUCUAGACUCUAAAGUUGUUCGUGUCGAACGCCCCAUUUCGUGGGGCUUUGGCUUCUGGCUUUUGAGAAUUUUGUGUUCCUUCCAGCUCAGGCUAGGUUUGUCGGUUCACGUGAAAGAUCUUGUUUUAGGAAUAUGACUUCUGGGGUUGCGAAUUUUGAUCUUGUUUUAGGCAUGGGAAACGGGGAAGAACACCCAUCAACGCUAGUACCAUCUAGCUCAAAUCCCCCAACCGCGAAUGCUGAUUACCUAUUUAAACAUGGCAUGGAACCUUCGAGUCAUCCGAUCAAUACAAGCUCUACUACGAGUGGAAUAGUUGGUACAGAGGAUAAUACACCCAAUUGUAGGGCAACUGAAGCGCCAUGUACAUCCUCUAAUGUUGAAGAAAGUAAUGAGGAUAGACCAAAUUCACGGGAAACCAAGAAUGGCAGUGCCGGGACAUCUCAGUUUGUGCAAAUGGAUAGUGGUGAUAUAAUUGAGGAGCCAAAGUCGGGGAUGGAGUUUAAUUCUCUUGAAGAUUUAAUGAGUUAUUAUAAGCAAUAUGCUAAGAAAUGCGGGUUUGGGAUGAUGACAAGAAGAAGUGAGAGGGGAGAGGAUGAGACUGUUAGAUAUGUCACUCUUGGUUGCGCCCGUGGUGGGAAGGCCCGGAAUAGGACUAUGAAUGUUGUCAAACCACGUCCUACAGGAAAGACGGAUUGUAAGGCAAAGAUUAAUGCCUUAAAAAUUGAGGGAAAGUUUCGAUUGACUACAGUUCAUAAUAUCCAUAACCACAGCCUUAGUCCAAAGAAAUAUCGCUUCUUUCGAUAUAAUAGAGAAGUGAGUGACUCUGUAAAAAAAGUCCUAGAUACAAAUGAUUUGGCUGGCAUCCGAAUGAAUAGGAGCUUCGGAUCUCUUAUCGUUGGCAUUAGUGGAAUCGAGAACCUCCCAUUUUUGGAAAAGGAUUGUCGUAAUUAUAUCGACAAUGCAAGACAUCUACGACUUGGGAAAGGUGGUGCUGGAGCGCUUCGAGAGUAUUUUUGUAGGAUGCAAUACAAAAAUUUUAGAUUUUUUGCAUUAAUGGAUUUAGAUGAUGAUGGGAGGUUAAAAAAUGUCUUUUGGGCAGACUCCCGUAGUAGGGCAGCUUACCAAUAUUUUGGUGAUGUGGUCACAUUCGACACCACAUACCUGACGAAUAAAUAUGAGGUGCCCUUUGCACCAUUUGUUGGUGUAAACCACCAUGGGCAAUCAAUUCUGUUGGGAGUAGGAUUGAUUUCCAAAGAGGAUAUAAAGACCUUUGUGUGGUUAUUCCAGACCUGGUUGCAGUGUAUGGAUGGUAUAGCUCCGAAAGCUAUUAUCACUGAUUACAACAGAGCGAUGAAAAAUGCAAUUGCUAUUGUCUUUCCAGAAAGCCGACAUAGAUUUUGCUUGUGGCAUAUACUGAACGAAGUUCACGAAAAUUUUGGCUCUCAUGGUUCCUAUAAAAAUGGGCUGAAAAAUGCAUUGAUGAAAUGUGUGUACAACACCCAAAGUGUUGAAGAGUUCGAGAAAUGUUGGGAUCAGUUAAUCACCACAUACAACUUGCAUGAGAAUGCCUGGUUGCAAAGCUUAUACGUUGAGCGUGAGCAUUGGGUACAGGCAUUCUUGAAAUCAUUUUUUUGGGCUAGAAUGAGUACAACGCAGCAGAGCAAGAGCAUGAAUGCCUUUUUCGAUGGUUAUGUUCAUGCUAAGACAAACUUGAAAGAGUUUGUCGACCAGUUUGACAACGUGUUGAAAAUGAAAAUAGCGCGGACUUCCACUCAUUUAACAACACAAUUCCUUGCAUAUCUAAAUCUCCAAUUGAAAAGAGAUUUCAAGAUUUGUACACGAAUGCUAAAUUUAGGGAAGUUCAGCAGCAACUUAUCAGCAUUAUCGAUAUGGAUCCAGCUUUACUUAAGAGGAAUGGUGCAGUAAAGACCUAUCUGGUAGAGGAUGAAAUUUGUGUGGAAGAUUUCACUAAACUAGUUUACAUUAUGUGGACUUUAGUGAGGAAGAUGCAGUUGCAAAGUGUUCAUGUGAGCUAUUUCAGAUGAGUGGGAUAUUGUGUAGCCACAUUUUGGCUAUAUUUAAAUGUAAUGAGAUAAAAUAUUUGCCAGAUAGGUACAUUUUAGAUCGAUGGAGGAAGGACAUCAAAAGGAGAUACACGUUAAUCCACAGCAGCUAUGACGCAGAGGAUCACCAGGCAGAUGCUAAUAGAUAUUCAAGAAUGUUGAAUGUCUGUUAUCAGAUGAUUACUCAUGCGGCGGAUUCGAAAGAGCAUACUGAGGAUGCAACUAAUAAGUUAUAUGCAACGAUUGACUUAUAUCAUGACAACCAAGAACUCCCAUCGAUGACUCUAACAGGUUCCAAUGUUGGUUGUACGACAAAGGACACAACUACAGUUGGUAGUUCAAAGCAAGUACUCAGUCCACUUGUUGUGAGAGGGAAAGGCUGACCCCCAUCUGAGGUGAGCAUUCAGGAUAGAGAAAAAUAUGCGAAAAGUUAAAGCAAAGACGAAGAAAACACCAAUAAAGGGGAAAUGCAAACAGCGAGAUGGAGGAGAUACACUAGUGGUUGCCACUUGCAGGAAUUUAUUUGGCCCUUCAGGCUUCAGAGAUGAAUAUGUCCAAUAUUGGACACGGGCAGGCUGUUCCAGAAAGUGCAGCUUUUGACAUUUUGAUUAGAGUCAAGAAAGUAUACGAUUUGGGUUGGAUGGAUCACAACUGGUGCACUUUGGGUUGGAUGGAUCACAACCGCUGUAAUGAUAUGAUUCAAUUUGUGUAUUGAAUGUUUUUUAGGGACAUUUCGGCCGUAUUGAAUAUUUGUGUAUUGAAUGUAUUCCAGGGGAUUUUUGUUUAUUGAAUGUUUUUUAGGGACUUUUUGGUGUAUUGAAUAUUUUGUUGAAUGUAUUCCAGGGGAAUUUUUUUUUUUUAAAUGUUUUUUAGGGACUUUUUUGUGUAUUGAAUAUUUUUGUGUGUAUUGAAUGUAUUCUAGGGAAUUUUUU